GAUUAAAAUUAUCUACGGACAGAGUUGGUCGACUGAAUCUGAGCCGGAGCAGAGUCCGGAUGUCCAUAGCAGGUCUUCGAAUACAAAUUCGAAACCCUCUCCCUCCUUGCUCCAUUACCGCCGAGCGGAGGAGCGCAGCUCAAGGUUUGGCUUUGCUUGGUCUUAAAUUUGGGUUGCCAGGAUCCUCUUCGUGGUCCAUCAAUGUUGUUCUUUUGGGAUGCAAGGCUAUAUACCCAUCGAUCUUCCCCUUGUGUGCAAGCUAGGGUUUUGUUGAAUUCUGAAGGGAUUUAGGGAAAAUUUGAGCCUAGUUGUUGGUGAAUUGUUUGAUUCGGCGUCCUGGGUGAGUUGCUAUUAUUGUUCGAGUCCUUUUGAGAGGUGUUAUACAAUGUUUUUAUUUAACUGAAGGGUUGGAGAUUUGGUUUCUUGAGUUGGGGACGUCCGUGAGAUGGAAGAACAAUUCAUACUCCGAGUCCCCCCUUCUGUAUCUGAACGAAUAGAACGCCUUUUCAAUGAGAACGCUUCCUCUUCCGAAGACGGGUCGUUGGAUUUGUCCUUUUCAGAGGAUGGAAGAAAUGGUACUUUUAUGAUUGGCAAUGAAAGAUUUCCUGCCUCCCUCUUGGAUCUUCCUUGCAUAGUUGAAUCUUAUAAAACUUAUGAUGAUACUGUGUUAAUCAAAACCGCUGAUGUUGGUCAGAUUAUUAUGGUAAGAGAAGAAGGUGAUCCUGCUCCAGAAGGGAUUGAGUUCAAGCAUGGGCUUACCCCACCAAUGAGGGAUGCUCGCAGAAGGCGGUUCCGGAGAGAACCUGAUCUCAAUCCAGAGUUCGUCCAGCGGGUUGAAAGAGAUCUACUCAACAUUAUGUCUGGCGGGACAGUAGAGAACUCGCGUGUUGAAAUGGCUGAACCUGAGGCACGUGGUGCGCGCAAGAAACCUGCUGAGACACCCGAGGCAAAGCCAGAAGAUGUUCCCUUGGAGGCUGCUACUAAUGGGGGCGGUGAACGUGAAAAAAGUGACUCUGAUGAUUCAAUGGAGCCUGAAAGUUAGGGCAGCAAGUACCGACUUGGUUGGUAGGAUGUGCACUACUAUAUUAAGCCUCUGGUAGCUUUAGUUCAGCCCUCUGAAGUGCAUGAUAGAGGUGCUAAUUGGGUUCAUCUCCUGCAGGCUUUGGCUGCAACAAGAAGAGGCUGUAGAAACAGGCCCAUCAGAUUCUAAUAAAGGUUUUACAAGUUCUUACAUUGUCAUGGAAAAAACUCGUGCUAAAUUCUCUUUGCCUGUCUUAGAACUCGAAAAAUCUCAUUUUGGACAUGAUGUAUAUACAGCCUGCGUGAUAUCUCCUACAGAUUCACAGUUUAUGUUGAAGAUCUUAAUCAAUAGUUGCCAUGGCCGUGGAAAUUUUGUGUGUUCCACAUAUAGUGAUGUGACUGUAGAAGUUCCUGGUUUAUUUAGCCUGAUGGUGCUAUCUUUAAUGGCCGAACUUUCUAGCUUUCUUGUCGAUAACGACAACGAAAAUGAAUACAUUUAGCUCUUCAUUUUUGGGU